AUGGAGAGUGUCACCAGCCACAAAUACCGCAUUGGAGUUGAUGUGGGAGGAACAAACACCGAUGCUGUUCUCAUCUCGCUCGAUCCCAUCUCCGUGCUUGCUUCUCACAAAGCACCAACAACACCGGAUGUUACGACCGGCAUUACCAAUGCCGUCCGCGCAGUAAUCGACGAAGCAAACAUAUCGCUAUCAUCCAUUGGAUGUGUGAUCAUUGGCACAACUCACUUCGUGAACGCUGUUGUUCAGCGCGCACCAUCAUUGCGACGUGUUGCAGUCAUCAGGCUAUGUGGUGGUGCCGAGGAGGGGUUCGGUCGUGGGAUCCCUCCGUUCAUCGAUUUCCCUUCAGAUCUUCGAGCCUCUAUCCAGUCGCCUCAUAUUUACUUUUGCAACGGGGGCUAUCAGAUCUCUGGAAUUGAAAUCAGUCCCUUGGAAGAAGCGGAGAUAGAACGCAUAGCUAUCGAGCUGGUCAGCAACAACACAUCUAAUGUUGUCAUUUCGGGCAUGUAUGGUCCGUUAAACAACUCACAGGAGAUACGGGCAGGUGAGAUAUUGGUGGCGACUAUGGCCAAGCAUGGACCAUUGAGUUUGAAGCCAAGAGUCACGCUAUCGCACAAGGUUUCCGGUCUUGGAUUCCUCGCGCGAGAGAAUGCGGCGAUCCUGAAUGCAACUUUGCGACCAUUGGCGGAGAAGACCAUCUACGGGUUUCAGAGAGCAAUGAAAGAUAUUUUUCAAGGGAAUAAUUACACGCUUUACUUGACUCAAAAUGAUGGAAGUGUCUUGUGUGCAUCCGAAGCAGUCGAGCUACCAAUUCGAACUUUCAAUUCUGGUCCAACGAAUUCGAUCCGUGGCGGCGAGCUCCUUUGGAGAGCCGCAUCUGAAGCUGAUGGAGCGAAAAAGGAGGAUCGAACCGACCCUCUUGUCGUUAUUGAUAUCGGUGGAACAACAUCUGAUAGCGGACUAUUGCUUCCGAACGGGCUACCACGCAUGAGCUCUGUCAUGAGUCUAGUUGGCGGUGUCCGUACAAAUUUUGCUCUUCCUGCAGUGGAAAGUAUUGGUCUUGGGGGUGGCUCCAUCAUUCGCGGCGUGGAAAAUGGAGAACUUACUGUUGGUCCUGAGAGUGUGGCUCUAGAACUUCUUCAAAAAGCAAAGCUCUUUGGAGGAGAAUAUCUUACGUCCACCGAUAUUGUCGCCGCCUCAGAGAUACACUGCCCAACAGGAAAUAACCCAUUUGAAGGCAUGGGUCAAGCCGAGCGGCUUGUGGACGUCACUGCAGAGGUAGUGAAAAAAGCUCAAAUUGCGAUGAGAAAAAAGAUCGAAGAGAUCGUCGAUAGAACCAAGAUCCAAAAAGGUGACGUCGAUGUCUUGAUUGUGGGUGGAGGUGCGCCCAUUAUUCGGACUGAUGAGUCAUUGGCUGGGGUCCGCAUGGUUCGAAAAGUCAAAGGCGGCGAGGUAGCUAAUGCCGUUGGCGCUGCUAUCUCACGGGUCUCGGGUGUCAUUGAUACUGUCGUUGACACUUCGAACCAGACUAUCAAGGAGGCCCAGGAUGCUGUUGUCAAAAUUGCCAUUCAGAAAGCUAUUGAGAAUGGAGCAAGAACAGAGACUAUCCAGGUUGCCGAAAUCACCAUGUUGCCCAUCCAAUAUGUGGAUGCUAAAGCACGCAUUGUCGCCCGAGCGGUUGGGGAGUUGGAUGUCAUUUCUCAAACAGAAUCAUCAAAACCGUUGAUUGAUAUCGCAAGCAUGGAAGGGGACUCGCAGGAAAUUGGUGUCAAGAGCACCGAUCAGGAGUGCCCAGAAGAGAGAGUGGACAUUGAAUCCUACCUUCCCGAGAUCAAAGAUGGCCAAUGGAUAAUUUCUUCGACUGAUCUAUUAUUCAUCGCCCAGGGAUGUAAGAUUCUUGGAUGUGGCGGCGGUGGUGAUCCCUACCAGGAAUACCUCAAAGCCAGGGCUAUAAUUUCUCGUCAUCCUGGAACAGUCAAAGUUGUUUCAGUCGAUUAUCUCCCUGACGAAUCGUUGGUCGGCUGGACAGGAUGCAUGGGAAGUCCUGAGGUCAGCAUGGAGCGAUUGGAGAACGAUGAAUGCUUAAAGGCACAAGAAGAGCUCAUGCGGGUAACUAGAAGCCCGCCAGUUUCCGGAUUUCUAGCAUUGGAAAUUGGUGGUGGCAACGGGGUCCUUAACUUGGGUGUCGCGGCCCAUUUUGGUGUUCCUUGUCUAGAUGCAGAUUACAUGGGACGAGCAUAUCCCACAUUCUGGCAAGUCACGCCUAACGUCUACGGUUCCCCUAGUGGUGACGCUCUGGUCCCAGCCACCAUUGCCAGUGGAGAUGGAACAUUUAUCACAAUGACGAAGUCACGUACAGAUAGAUUGGUUGACAAGGCGCUGCGGGCCGCCUGUGUCGAAAUGGGAUGUCGUGCUGGAAAGGCUGGGCCACCAAAGACAGCAGCUAUAGUAAGGAAGCAAGCGAUUGCUGGUACUGUGUCCCUUGCCUGGUGGAUUGGGCGAGCUGUUGCUCUGGAAAAGACUAUCAACGAGAAGGCACAGGCUAUUGUGGAUGCAGUUGGCGGCUCCAAAAGUGCGGCAAUACUUGGCCAUGGCAAAAUUAUGAGUGUUGAGAGGGUUCUAAAGACCGGGCAUACUUAUGGUGUUUUGAACGUGGAUGGAGCUUCAAGUGAUGGAACGAAGGCUACCCUUAGGAUCCCAUUCAAGAAUGAAAAUGCCUUUGUAGAGGCAGUUUCUAAUGGCCAAUCGAAGAUAUUGGCAUCGGUACCGGAUCUCAUUGCUGUUAUCGACGCCGAGACCGGUGCAGGUCUCGGGACCCCGGAAUAUAAGUACGGGUUGAAAGUUAUCAUUGUUGCGAUUACUGCUUCGCCUCGCUGGACAGACACCGAGAGGGGUAUGGAGCUGGGGGGACCGGGAUCAAUGGGCUUUGAUGAUAUUAAGUAUGUCCCUAUUGGGAAGUACAGCAUGCCUCGCAGCGUCAUUGAUGUCUUUGGUUAA